AGUAUCAUUGUAUAACUAAUUUUAUUUCUCUCAGAUGCUUUUUUUUCAAAUUAUAAUUACUAAACCAUAAAUGUAUUUCAAUUACUUUAUUAAUCUGUGUGAAAAAUGAUAAAAUAACACUUUUAAAUAAUUUUUUUUUUUAUCUAUUAUAAAAAAGUUGUCAUUUAAAUUUUUGAACUACACAUUUCACUUACAUUAAAUCACAUGUGACUUACAUAAAAACAUACAUGUUUCAUUAUAUUUACCUGAACAAUGAGUAAGUGUGAUUUCAUACACAAAUUAAACGAUAAUUUGAAUUUCAUACCCGAACUUCAGUAUUAACAUAAACAACUACUUUGACUAACGUUGUGGUUAGUCAACCGACAUCGUUUUAACUAAACUAAUUUAAAAAAAAACACUCACUAUGACUCGAACCUACGCCUAGAAAGGCACUAAAUUGAGCACUAAAUCACUAGAUUAAAACAAAUUUUGUAAAAUCUGCAUAUAUACUAAAUUAUAUAGGUACCAAAACGAGUGAAGAAAUCACUAGCUUCUUCUCCCUUUGGAUAUCUCUCUCGGUUGUCAAUUUCAGAAGUUUCAGCCUUUAGGAAGUUCUACUUUUAGUAGUAGUGAACAUUUUAAAGUCUCAUGACAAGGUAAUGUUGGGAGCCAAGAAGAGUAGCUUCGGCUGCAACACGUAGACAAGAGCGGAGAUUAGUUUCUUCGUCUAAAAACGAAUUAUCAUGAAUUUAAGCAUUAUCAAGCCCAAGAAAUCGAAUCCAUUUGAUCAGGGAUCGAUCCGCGACGAAUCCAUGAGCAAAUCUAGUAUCAAGAAGAAGUCAAACAAUGGUGUAACAUGAAAUAGAGUACUGGCGAACAAGACAAAUAUAUAAAUUAAAAUAUAUGUAAAUAUGACAAAAGUUACUUUGAUCUGAUGGUAAAGUUUUUGUUUAAUUCACGUCUAGCGUGAGUUCGGUCCUCCAAGUGACGAAUUUUAUUAUUUUAGCUUAAAAACAUUGUUUUAACUAUCCCCCGACGAGUCAUCUCUAUCUAGAUACUGACUCGCUCAAAAAUAACGAUUGACUAACCAAACGUUAGUCAGAGUAGUUUUUUUUACGAAAUUCAAACUAUCGUUUACUUUGGAUAUGAAAUUCAAAAUAUCGUUCAGUUUGGGUAUGAAAUUGCAUGUAUUCAUUGUUUAGGUCUGAAAAGGUAUGACUGAAAUUAUACGGGUUGAAAUCGGCACUUUUCUCUUAUCCGACUAAACAUGGUUUAACGGUUGACUAACGAUAAGUAGUCAAUGUAGGAUUUCAUGUUACGGAUUCAAGUUUGGGUCAAAUGUUUUUAAAAAUUCUUAGUUUAGGAAUGAUUUUGCACUUAUGUUUUGUUUGGAUCAAAAAGCCACGACACAAAUAGUUGGAGUCUAAAAACUUUUUUUCCGGUUGGAUUGUUAAUAAUAAAUUUUGGUUAUUGCAGCCAGUUUCUUUUUUGAUUCUAAUUUUAUAUUAGAUUUUUAUUGGGCUUAUUUGUGUACCAGCCAUAUUUUGAAGAUAAAUCAGGUAAAUAGCAAUGAUUUUGACAUAAUGAAGAAACUAACAUUUACACCCUAAUUCAUCCAGUUAUACCUUUUCUCUUUGCCAUUACCCGGUAAAAAUGUGGUCUAUGUAUCCACAUAAUCAAUAAAUAUAUGGUUAAGUGUGCCUAGAAACUAUUUUACGUGAAAAGGAAAGAAUCAUCCACGUCACAUGUUUAUUAACCACAUACACAUGCACUGAAUGUUUUAUUCCACAUGGUCGAAGUAGUAUAGGAUUAUAACUCCAUACACAACUCAUAAAUAUUAAACAUUACCACAACUCUUGUAUACUAAACCCUAAACUCCAAUCACUAAACCCAAACCCAAAUGUAAACUAUAAUAUAUAGUUAUAAUAUUUUGAAUAAAAUUAAAAUAUGAAAUAAUAUAUACUAUUGACCACAUACAUAUGCAUCAAAUGCUCUAUUCCACAUGGCUAAAAUAGUAUAGGAUUAUGACUUCAUUCACAACUCCUAAAUAUUAAACAUUACCCCAACUCCUAAAUACUAAACCCUAAAUUUCAAUCACUAAACUCAAACCCAAAUGUAAACUAUAAAAUAUAGUUAUAAUAUUUUAAAUAAAAUUAAAAUCUGAAAUAGUAUAUACUAUUGACCACAUAUAUAUACACUGAAUGUUCUAUUCCAUAUGGCCGAAGUACUAUAAGAUUAUGGCCCAAGUGUAGCUGCGGUUAACGAAAUUUAUGUGAAGAUUACACUUAUGUGGAUCUGGUUAACAAAAUGAUAAAAUUGAGUUUUAAGUUCUUAGUUUUGAUAGCAACGAUACAACAACAAAACAUAAUUUAUGCUUAUGCACUAUACAAUCAUAUUUAUAUUUUAUAUUCUGCAAAUAAAAUAGAAUACAAUAAAUAGUAAAGAUUAUAUAAUUCAUUUCACAUGAAUGGUCUUUCCAUUUUACGUACACACGAUCUAUUACGCUUAUAUACACAUUGCAUCAUUACAUAUAAAUGAGAAUAUAUUCACCAGAUGGCCCAAAUCCAGUUUCGAACAAUCUACUUGGCAGCCUAAAUCUUUCAUUUGUAACCUGAAAAACAAAAGGAAAGAUAAAAAUGUUAGGAUCCAUAUAACAAAAUAAAUGUAAAAUAAAUUGUAUAGUAUAACAAUAAUGUGGAAUGGAAACUAUGUAAGACGUAACGAUAUGCAUAGCUCACAAUCUUAAACCACACAUGGGAAAUAUAUACGAAAACCCUAUCAACUAAUCACGAAUCCCUACACGGAAAUAUGACACUUAAUCCAAUGUCAACCCUAAUCUUGCAGUGAUGAACUCAAUAUUCUAGAAACUAACCCCUCUCCAAUCAUCACUAAACCCUACACGGAAAUAUAAACCCUAAUACAAGUAUAAAAAUAUAUAUAUUAAAUACAAGUAUGAAUUCAGAAGCUAAAGAAAAUGAUAUUAGACGUUCGAAUUUAUUUCAUUCCAAGUCAAAUGGAAUAUAAACGUCUAUAUUUUAUUCUAUUCCAAGUCAAAUGGAAUAUAUCUAACGGAGAUCAUGUCAUUUCCAGACAGUGAUAUAUAGGCAUAAGAACAACCGGGGAAACCCAAAUCCUAAAUCAAUUGGCGAACUUCGAUGCGGAAAAUCAGAUUCGAGAUGCAAUGGUAACGAGGUUGUAGAUUUACCAAUCAUAGUACCCUAAUUCCGAAAUAGCCCAAAUAGAAAAGAAAAUAGCAGCAUAUGAAUAACAACAUAUAAACACCGAGAACUUACGGUAGUUCCAGAGAUCUGACAAGAAUCGACGGUGUGAAGUAGAAUAGAAACGGUUUGGUACUACUAGCCGCUGAAACUUUAACAUCGUCGUGUGGUCGACGAUCUCCGACGAGAAGAACAUGGCACGUUUACAAAGAAUGAAGAAGAAGUCAACAAUUCAAAACAAAUCCAGUGGAGAUGACGAUGUGAAGCGAAGCCGUACCAGAAAAAAUUCAAGACUGGAAAAUAAAAAAAAGAAGAUGUGAAGUUAGUAAGACCACGAUUUACUUUUUGGAUAUAAUAAUUAAGAAUAUUAAAAAAAAAUUUGUUUCAGGUUUUGUCGGUUUCAGGAAGGGGUAUUAUAAUAUUAAUUUAUAAAGUUAGCGCCGUAUAUAGAAACCUUAGAAAAAAGGUUAUGAAGUGAAUUAUGUGUUUUUUUCUUGUCAUACGGCCCAAUUUUCCAUUUUUAUUUUAAGCCAAAAAAAAAAUUCGAAAUAUCUCUCUCUGUAGCUUUCGUUCUCUCUCAAACAUCUCUUUCGAAGUAUCCGUUAGAAUCUAAGAGAGAGAAAUCGCCACUAAGAAGACGCAGACGAAGAAGCAGAGAGAGAGGCAUUACAACCUGAAGAGGAAGCAGAUGACGUUUCCGAAAACGAAGUCGUUUCGCGAGAAGAUUCCGACGAGUCCGAAAUCGCCGCUGAGAAGGAGACGGUCGAGCUGGACGAGCUCAUGGCUCAACAAUUCGACGACGUCCUUCAAGCAAGUGGUCUCCGCCGUGAUGCAGUCUCAAUCCCCAAGAUCCAUCUCAAAACCCCAAACCCCCACCGACUUCGAUCGAACCCUCUCCUUACCCGACUCCCUCCUCCUCAAAAUCCUCCACAAGCUUCCCGAAUCCCAGAACGACGACGUUUCCCUCGUCUGCAAACGCUGGCUGAAUCUCCAGGGACGGCGGAUUCGGACUCUCAGAGUUCUCGAUUUGGACUUCCUCUUGUCAGGGAAGCUCCUCUCCAGGUUCCCCAAGCUCUCCAAUGUCGAUUUGUCUAACGCCUGUAUCUACCCCUCCCGAAACUCACCUAUCUCGCUUUCCCACAAAUCGAUUUCGUUUCGUGUUUCCUCUUCGAAUUGGGACGACUUCGUUGAGGAGAAUCUAUUGCACAGCGAAACGGUUGAUAGAGGGCUUAGGGUUUUAGGAAGAGGAAGCUGUGACUUACUCAGACUCGUUGUGAUUAACGCUUCUGAAAUGGGUUUACUCGGUUUAGCUGAACAGUGUUGUGAUCUGCAAGAGCUUGAGUUGCACAAGUGCAAUGACAAUCUCUUGCGUGGUAUCGCUGCUUGCGAGAAUCUGAGAGCCUUGAGGUUGGUGGGAAGUGUUGAUGGGCUGUAUACUUCUUCUGUCUCUGAUAUUGGUUUAACGAUAUUAGCUCAAGGGUGUAAGAGACUUGCGAAGCUUGAGCUUAGUGGCUGUGAAGGUAGCUUUGAUGGGAUUAGAGCCAUUGGGCAAUGUUGUGAAUUGCUUGAGGACUUUACCGUUUCUCAACAUAGGAUGGAUGAUGGUUGGAUAGCUGCGCUUUCUUGCUUUGAGAGUUUGAAGACGCUGACAAUAUCGUCUUGCCCAAAGAUGGAUUCUUGUCCUGGACCGGAGGAGUUGCUCGGGUCUUGUCCGGCUCUGGAGAGUUUGCAACUCAAGAGGUGUUGUCUGAGUGAUAAACACGGGGUGAGAGCUUUGUUUAAGGUUUGUGAUGGAGCAACAACGGUUCAUAUUCAGGAUUGCUGGGGUUUGGAUGAUGAUUCUUUCAGUUUGGCUAAAGCUUUCAGGAGGGUGAGGUUUUUGUCUUUGGAAGGGUGCUCAGUCCUAACAACAGGCGGUUUAGAGUCAGUGGUUCUGCGCUGGGAAGAGCUUGAGAGCAUGAGAGUAAUGUCAUGUAAGAACAUAAAAGACAGCGAGAUUUCACCGGCACUCUCAUCUUUGUUCUCCCUUCUCAAAGAACUGACUUGGAGACCAGACACAAGGUCUCAUCUCUCAUCCAGACUCCAAGGUACUGGAAUUGGAAAGAGAGGCAGCAAAUUCUUCAAAAAGAGAUGAUGGAUGGCAUUGGAUGUAUCUUUAAGCUGUUGAUGUAGACAAACUCUUUAGUUAUCUUCAUCUUGGGGGGCAUUGUAUUACUUUGUUGUAAUUGGUAACACAUCUGUAGUAAGUUUUCAAAACUCUCUAUGUAUUGCAAUGUUUUGUUGUUAUGUAUGAUAGUAAUAAUCAUAAAACUCUUGUUCAUGGUAUCAGUUUCAGAUAUACUUUUUUGUUUUGAGA